CCAGAUCAGAGCCAUCUACACAGGACAAACUAGAUCGGGGGAGGACAGAAGAAGAAGGAGAGGACGGAACGCACAGAGGUCUCGGCCAUUUGUGAGUGCAAGCAAGAGGACUCUCUGACCACCUCAUGGCGGAAAUCUCUGUGGGAUCGGCCACCUGGCGAGAUGCCUCUUAUAAGACCAUCUUCCUGGCAAAGGAUCUUAGGAUACGGCCAUUUUCUUGUCUUCCUCCCAAUGCAAGUACCAAAGAUAAGAUGAGAUCAGAAGGUGAGAAGACCCAGAUGAAGAGUAUCAGGAGAGAGCACCCUACACCUCCCCCCUUCAACCGAGACCUAAUUAUCGACACAUGCAAUACUUACGCCCGCGGGUACAUGAGAGAAACCCGAACCUCAAUGUCCAUUCUGAGACAAGCCUUGUGCGAGAUGAACCACCAUAUCCAUAGACUGCAAAAACAGAGGAGCACACUAGAAAGAUCCCAUGUUAAUACUAGAAGAGACAUCCUGACGAAUAACGAGACUACUCAUCUGCGUAGCACAAGGCCCAUGAGCGAGAGGUAUCCUGAUAAAGUUGAUCAUCUUUUACAAGAAGAGAAGAAAGGACUUCAUGACCUGAAGAGACAUUCGGAGAAUCAGCUACAUCAAAUCUCGAGGCAGCUCCAGGUUCUCUACUCACACCGUCAGAAGCUCCUAGAUUCUUGUAAAGAAAAGGGACGGGUCUUGGACAUUAUCGGUGAGAACGCCCGAUGUCGAGAGCAAGUUGGUGGCAAUAAGCUGCUGGGUCCUGAAAACACAGAUUGUCAGGUGGCUAUCGGCAAUGCUCUGGUCACAUCUGAAAAAUUCCGAAACACGCAACCUCCUAAUUGGCAGAAACCGGAGGACCGCCGAGAGCUGAAAGAAACUGUGACCCAAGCGCUGUGCAAGAAGGCGGAGGAGAGCGCCCGCAUCUGGGAGGAUUUAACAUUGACUUCUGGAGAUGUGAAGAACAUGAUGCAAAGGCAGCAGAGAAUUCACGAUGAGAUGGAGGCCGGUUACCAGUUACAGCUGGGCCCGGUCUCCAGUCUGGAUCUCUCCACACGAGAACGUUUAGAUCGUCCAUUAGUGAGAGUCCUUCAGAGGCAUCCCGGAACCCAGCUCCCAGAGAGCACGCUCAUCAUACAGGGCACUGCGUCCUUGCAGAAGUCUCUCGAUAAGAACCGCGAUAGAAUUGGCCUCUUACAUUACACCCAGUCAACAUUAAAGAAUGAUCAGGAGAACAAGCUGCGAGGAGAGAGCAUCGACCGAGAGGCUGCGAGACUGCGGGCGAGGAGCGCCAAGGGCCGAAGAGAGAGGCUGUGCCUGUGAGAGAGGGGCAAUGCCAGACAAAAACUAAACGCUGGGAGCAGGCUGUAUAAGACUGCCGGUCAUAUCUACCCGGUGCACGAGG